AUGUCGUCUCAGUUUGCGGAUGGGGUGGUCCCCAACCCUCAGUUCGCCCUCCUCAACUACUUUUUCCCGGGCUUCUCCAUGCUCACCACUGCCCUGCAAACCUACCUGGGCAUCGACCUCAACUUCUACAUCCCGCUCCUCGUCGCCCUCUUCGGCCUCAACUUUGCCUGGGGUUACAUUAGCAACUCGGCAUGGUCCUGGAUCGACGCCUAUCUCAUGUCGUCCUUCAGGGUUCGCACCGAUGAUGAGACUUACAAUAUGCUGAUGCUCUGGAUUUCCCGCCAGGCGUUUUCGCAAAACUCACGCCGCUUCCUGGUCAACACCGACCUGUAUUCUCGCAACAGCUACAUCUGGGGAGCCGGACAGGACGACAGCGAUGAUGAGGAUGGCGAGGAGGAUGCCGCCGUCGACAUGCUGGGGCCGAAACAGACUCUUCACUACACCCCUUCCUUCGGGUCUCAUUUGUUCUGGUACAAGGGCUGGCCUAUGCUGUUUGAGCGCAUCCAGAACAACCAGCAGCUCAACUUCCAAUCCGCCAGCGAGCGGGAGGAGCUCUCCGUCUCAUGCUUUGGACGUAACCCCAGUCUUCUCAAGGACCUCAUCGUGGAGGCUCGUCAGCUGUACCUCAAGAAAGAUGAGCGCAAGACCCUCAUCUAUCGCAGUGCCAGCGGCAGCUACGGCGGAGAGCCCUACUGGCAGCGCAGCAUGUCCCGUCCCAACCGGCCCUUUUCCACCGUGAUCCUGAGCGAGAAGAUGAAGCAGGACUUGAUCGACGAUGCUGCCGACUACCUCAACCCUGCCACUCGCCGGUGGUAUGCGAACCGUGGCAUCCCGUACCGACGCGGCUACCUCCUCUACGGACCCCCUGGCACGGGAAAGAGCUCGCUCAGCCUGGCUCUGGCGGGAUACUUCCGGAUGAAGAUUUACAUCGUCAGCCUGAGCUCCAUCAAUGCCACCGAGGAGGGUCUCACUUCUCUCUUCAGCAACCUGCCUACUCGCUGCCUUGUCCUCCUCGAAGACAUUGACACUGCCGGUCUGACGCACACCCGAGAAGAGCCGGAUGCUGCUGCCACCCCCAGCCCACCCCCCAUUCCCUCCUCACCAAAUGCGCCGCCCGGUCAGACUCCAGGAGCUGGCGGUCGCCUCUCGCUUUCUGGUCUUCUCAACAUUCUCGACGGAGUUGCCUCACAGGAAGGCCGCCUUCUUAUCAUGACAACCAACCACAUUGAGAAGCUGGACAAGGCGCUGAUCCGACCCGGUCGCGUGGACAUGAUGGUUCCCUUCAGCCUUGCCGACAGGACCAUGACGCAGGCCAUCUUCCGAGCCAUCUAUGCUCCCUUUGAGAGUGAGAUCACGUCAGACGAGGUCGCCCUCAAGCCCAAGUCCAAGAAGGGUGCCGCUGCGUCGAAGCGUGUCGAGCCUGAUGAAGCCGCAAAGGAACGGUGGGCCAAGCAGCACGCUGAGAUUUCUCAGCGCAUCGAGGCCCUGUCCCUGGAGUUCUCGGCCAAGAUCCCCGAGUUCGAGUUCAGCCCCGCCGAGAUCCAGGGGCUGCUGCUCAGGCACAAGCGCUCACCUGAAGACGUCAUUGCCGCUGCGGAAGCUUGGGUGAUUCAGACUCGCAAGGACAAGAAGGAGAAAGAG